GUUAGGCGACACUGUAGUUAUUGAGAAUUUGAGAAUAUUUAUGAGGCACAGUAAGUAAAAUUUAGCUAACAAUCUUAAUAAAAACAUUAAUGUUCUAGAAUAUUAUGAAAUAACUCGUUUUGUUGAAGUAGAUCUAAAGUCAUUUGUGUAAGAUUAGAUGUCACGUCAUCUCAUCAAUAUAAUAUAAACAGUUCAUACAAUAAUAAAAUAAUAUUAUAUAUUUGGUCCUGAACAAAUACGUUUUUAAAACAAUGAAUGACGUUAACCAGGCGUUAGCAAAAGAAGGUGAUUUAAAUUAUUCUAUACGCCAGGGAGCUCAAUCAAAAAUUCAUUCGUUAAUAUGGACUAUUCCAUUUUUCGUUAAUUAUCUUGACAAAAAAACAACGCAAGAAAUACGCACUAAACCAGAAACAGCUUUAGAAAAUCGAUUCCAGUUGAAAAUGCAUUUUUUGGGACAUAAUAACGAACUGAUAGAAUUGUAUUACUUGUAUCCUACUCCAGUAUUUCUAAAAGCUAUUGUUACAAUUUGUAUGAAAAGAUUUGAAGAACGAUCAAUUGUCAUGAAUGAUUAUCAUACUUGCUAUCCCAAAAAAUGGCAAUAUAUAACUACAUUGUUUAAAAGGGAUAUAGUAGGAAAAGAAGGAGUUGAUUAUUUUUUAUCAGAUGGAAGCUUAAGACUUAAAUAUUCAUUUUAUAUAACAAAAGAUGUAAAAGUGGAGUAUACAAGUAAUGUUCCUGCAUCAGAGUUAUGUCACGAUCUUGAGAGUUUAUUAAAUAAUGGAUUAUUUUCUGAUGUUACCAUGGAGUCUUGUGAUGGUACUUCUUUUAAUGUGCAUAAAGCUGUAUUAGCAAGCAGAAGUGCAGUAUUGAAAGCUCACUUUCAACACAAUACAACUGAGAGUCAAACUAACAUUAUUCAUUCAUCAGUCGACGCAGAAGUCCUGAGAGAAAUACUUACUUUUGUAUACAGUGACAAAGCCCCCAAAAUAUAUGAGUUUCCAGAAAAACUCUUAGCUGCUGCUGAUUUUUACCAACUAAACCGACUAAAGAGCUUAUGUGAAGAGGCCCUACAUCAAAAAUUAACAGUAGAAAAUGCUAUAGAAACGCUUACAUUAGCAGAUUUACAUUCAGCUACACAUUUAAAAAAACUUACACUAGAGUUUAUUAAAGAUGGUCAAGCAAAGCUUAUCACUAAAACUAGUGGGUGGAAAGAUCUCAAAUCAGUGGAACUUAUAAAAAAUAUUUAUGAGUAUAUUAUUGAAGAUGCUGUUUUAGACGUUGAUAUCAAAUAAAUGUCUAUUUGAGA